GCGCAUCGCGAGAACGCGCAGCAAAUUAGCAUCGAUGAAGUUAGUGCGAACAUGGCGGAUUUCCUGCCGUCCAGGUCCGUGUUAAAAGUUUGUCUACCCGCCUGCCUGCUUAAUGCCGGCGAGGCGGAGCAGACUCGAAAGUCCAGGGCGAUCGAUAAAACUCUUUCCCGGGAGAAAACCUACGUGAAGCGGCUGGUGAAGAUCCUGCUGCUGGGCGCGGGCGAGAGCGGCAAGUCGACUUUCCUCAAACAAAUGCGGAUCAUCCACGGCGAGGACUUCGACCAGCAAGCCCGGGAUGACUUCAGAGGGACGAUCUACAGCAACGUUAUCAAAGGUAUCCGCGUGCUGGUGGACGCUCGGGAGAAGCUGCACAUCCCGUGGGGCGACCCCGACAACCAGCAGCAUGGCGACAACCUGAUGGCCUUCGACACCCGGUCGGCCAAGAUGGCGACCGGGCAGCUAGACAAGGAGGUGUUCCUGCGCUACGCGACCGCCAUUAAAGCCCUGUGGGCCGACUCGGGCAUCCAGAACGCGUACGACCGGCGCCGGGAGUUUCAGCUGGGCGAGUCGGUGAAAUAUUUCUUGGAUAAUCUGGAUAAGCUCUGCAAGCCGGAUUAUCUGCCCAGCCAACAGGACAUCCUGCUGGCCCGUAAGCCCACCAAGGGCAUCCACGAGUAUGACUUUGAGAUCAAGAACGUUCCCUUCAAGAUGGUGGACGUCGGGGGGCAGCGGUCAGAGCGGAGACGCUGGUUCGAGUGCUUCGACUCGGUCACCUCCAUCCUCUUCCUCGUGUCUUCCUCUGAAUACGACCAGGUGCUGAUGGAGGACAGGCAAACCAACCGGCUGCGAGAGUCGCUCAACAUCUUCGAGACCAUCGUCAACAACCGCGUCUUCGUCAACGUCUCCAUCAUCCUCUUCCUGAACAAGACGGACCUGCUGGAGGAGAAGGUGAAGCUGGUGCCGCUCAAAGACUACUUUCCCGAGUACAGCGGGCCGGAGCACAGCCUGCCCGACAUCCAGGCCUUCAUGGUGGAGUGCUUCCGCGCCAAGAGGCGCGACGCCACGCAGAAGCCGCUCUACCACCACUUCACCACCGCCAUCAACACGGAGAACAUCAGGCUGGUGUUCCGGGACGUCAAGGACACCAUCCUCCACGACAACCUCAAGCAGCUCAUGCUCCAAUGACACACACGCCAAACCCGCCCCCCCGAUCGACCCGCCGCAGCCUGCGAACGCCAGAGGACCUGAAGGAGGACGGACUCGGGAGAUCAGAGACUUUGUGUUUUAGGCGGUUUUUACUCCUCCUGUUGUCGUAGCUCAGGAUCUGAUUACAGAGGCAGAUAUUUAGGCAAACUGUGGUAUUAAACGUCAAAAAAACUGAAAAAUCUAGAAAUAAAAAAAAAGAGAGAAAGCGGACGAAGAACACGGAUGAAAUCUGAUCACUGCUGCUUCAUCCCGUUUCCAUCCGCUCCACUUUAUUUAGUGUUUGACUUGUUUUUCUUUCAACCAUCAGGACGCCGGUGCUGGAACCAGUGGAAGGCAGAUUAACUUAUAAAAAAAAGCAACAUUAACCGGUUAAAAGAGCGGAGGGUAACCAUGGAGACGGCAGAGCACUGAUUUCUAACCCAGACGGACGUCUCCUCCUCUUCUUCUUUAUGUUGUUUUAUUAUCCAGCGAGCAUUCAGAGUUAACCGUCUGAGUGUCUCCAGCACUGACGCGUCGCUCGUUGAACUCGGAGGGCGAAACCACCAGACUGAACCUUUAUUACAGAUAAACGUCCUUUUUUCCUGAUUUCCUGGGACGUUACCUGCCGUUAGGGAGCCGCCGAAUAAACAUGCAGUCCUCUCGUUUCCUCAGGGUCGACGCGGAGGCGGCGUCCAUGAGUUGAAAGGGUUGUUGGGAGGCGGCCUGACUCCGCCGCGCCGUUAGCUAGUCUGUUUUCAUUUUUAUUAGGACUGCAUCCCCCUCGAUUCCUCCCCGUCUGAUUUUUAUUCCUGAUUCUCCGUGAAAUGACCUUCACUCCUUUUUUUGUUCGGCCUUAAAUCAUGCAUGUGUGUUAAUAAUUGUACAGGGAUUUGCUCGCCAUUGUUUGAAUAAACUACCCGCUCUGUGAGAACUUCUUUAUCGGCACUGAGUUUUUAUGAGGAAAACAAAAUUCAACGUUUCCCUUUUUUUUUUGGAC